GUCAGAGCAGCAAUCAGUUAUCAAGUGCAGAUGAUGUUUGCUAUAAGGAUGUUACGCCAAUCGUUGAUAAGUAUUCCAUUCAACGGUAGAAAUUCAAGAAUUAGAAUUUGUCUGAACAUUCGAUCGAAUGUCAAUGUCACAUUUGAUCGAAUGAAUGAAACAGAAAGAUCGUAG